AUGUCUGCCGAUUCAUCGCCCGUUUUGAUUGACAAGGACGCGUCGAGAUUCCUCACUCAAUGCGGCUACAUGUACCGUGAUGAGCAUUCCAUCAGCAAGACUUUGCUUUGCUCAAUUUGCUCUGAGCCUUGGGUCCAUCCCGUCGUUGCUAAUUCCUGUGGUCAUAUGUUUUGCGAAAGGUGCAUCCAUACGUGGAUCCGACACAUCCCAUCGUGCCCUAUAGACCGAUCAUCACUCCCAGCCAACCAACUGCACCAGCCCCCGCGAAUAUUGCAAGAGCUAGUGGAUGAACUGGAAGUAAUCUGUUCGCUUGGCUGUGGCUGGGUUGGACGACGAGAUUGCUGGAAAACACACCUGGAAACCGUUUGUCCCGAAGCAAAACGCGAUGACCCAGUCAUACCUUCAGCCCUCCUGACAGAGAAAAUUGAUCCGGUCGAGCCUGAGGAUGAAGAGGAAAGCUUCAAGGAACGAUGGAAGAAAUUGGCCAGAGAGAUGCACGUACUGAAAAAGGAGGCCAAAGAUUAUAUCUCAACUAUCGAGAAAUUUAAAGACAAAGUUUCCAAGCUACAACUUGAACUUCGACAGGCAAACGAGCUUAUUGUCGUCAGGCCACCUUCCCCAUCACCAGUCUCUUCUCCCACCGUACUUCCAUUGCACCAAGCCACUUGCGACUUCUGCCGCUCGCACAUUCAAGGUACCCGGCACAAAUGCCUCAAAUGCCCAGACCUCGAUUCCUGUUCUGAUUGUUUUUCGGAUAUUAGUAACCUUCAUCCGAUCCAUGACUUCGUGUCUAUUCAUGCACCAAAUGACAUCAACAUCGUAUGCCUACCCGAAUGGAGCAUUGUACAUCCUAAUGUCAGUUGUAACCAUUGUGAGCAACAAGUCAUCGGACCUAGGUUCAAAUGUGUCAUUUGCAUAGACUAUGAUUUAUGUCAUCAUUGUAUGGCUUUACCUCGACCAGUCCAUCCGAUUGGGCAUCCCAUGACUCGAUUCGUCAAUCCUCAGGGUUGA